UUCAUGUCUUGUAAAUCAGACCAAAAACAAGCAAACCCGUAUCACUAAAACCCCCAGUCUCAGAGAGCUGCAACGUCGUUCCAGCAACACCAAAAGGCCCAAGCAAUGAAGGAAGCCAUCGUGUUGUAUCCGUCACCGGCCAUCGGCCACCUUAUCUCCAUGGUGGAGCUCAGCAAGCUCCUCCUCACGCACCGCCCGUCCCUCUCCAUCCACAUCCUCAUCACCAACCAAGCUUACGAUGCCGGCUCCACCACUACCUACCUCGCCUCUGUCACUGACACUGUCCCCUGCAUUGCCUUCCACUACUUCUCCGCCACCAGCCUCCCCCCGGACUUCUCCACCACCUCCCCCCACCACGAGACUCUCGCCCUCGAGCUCCUCCGCCUCAACAAUCCGAACGUUCGCCGCACCCUCACCACUAUCUCUGAAAACCACGUCGUUCACGGCCUCAUCAUUGACUUCUUCUGCGUUGCUGCCGUCAGCAUCGCGCUCGAGCUCAAUAUCCCCUACUACUACUACUUCGCUAGUGGAGCUGGUGUCCUCAACUUUUACCUUUUCCUCCCAACUAUUCACAACAAGUUCACCAAAAGCUUUAAAGACUUGGACGCCCCCAUAGAUGUCCCCGGCACACCACCUAUACCGCCCUCCGAUGUUUCGAAGCCACUACUGGAUCGCUUCGACGAGGCCUACAAGGGCUUCUUGGAUUCGUCCCUGAAGAUGCAGACUUCGGCCGGGAUCAUAGUCAACACCUUUGAGAAGCUCGAGCCGAGAGCGAUACGAGCAAUCAUGGACGGCGAGUGUGUGCCCAGCAGCCCCACUCCGCCUCUUUAUUGCCUCGGUCCGCUGAUCUCGAGCAGGGGAGGUGACGACGGCGGAUCACCAGAGUGUCUGACGUGGCUGGACUCGCAGAAGAGAGGAAGCGUCGUGUUCCUGUGUUUCGGGAGCUUGGGUGUCUUCUCGGUGGAACAGCUGAAGGAAAUAGCGACGGGGCUGGAGAGGAGCGGUCAGCGGUUCUUGUGGGUGGUCCGUAACCCAACCGAGGACAAGAACAAAAAAGCCGUGACGUCCGCGAUGCCCGACCAAGACUUGGGCUCGCUGCUUCCGGAGGGUUUCUUGGAACGUACCAAAGAGAGGGGGCUCGUGGUGAAGAAAUGGGCCCCGCAGGUGGCAGUGCUGAGCCAUCCCUCGGUGGGCGGGUUUGUGACUCACUGCGGAUGGAACUCGGUGCUUGAGGCGGUGUGCACGGGCGUGCCGAUGCUGGCGUGGCCACUCUACGCGGAGCAGCGGCACAACAGGGUGCUGCUGGUGCAGGAGAUGAGGAUCGCCCUGCCGGUGGACGAGUCAGAGCACGGGUCGGUGAGUUCGAAGGAGGUGGAGAAGCGUGUCAGGGAGUUGAUGGAGAGUGAGGAGGGCAAGAUGGUGAGAGAGCGAGCGCUUGCCAUGAAGAAAGAAGCUAUGGCUGCGCUGGGUCCCGGCGGGUCGUCUCGGUCGGCGUUGGCCGAACUCAUUGAGUCGUGGAAGCGCGAGUGAAAUG